AUGCCACCACCAACUACACAUCGACCCCUCACUCUCAUUGUAGCGACCACGCCAGUCCUACGCACCAGCACCAGCACGAGUACCAUCUGCUCUCUUCCGAUUACCACAGACCCUACUAAUACAGCCAAUACUACAUCUCACCUCCUCGGCAUCGGCCUCAAUGGCACCCUCCCCUGGCCCCGCAUCAAAUCCGACAUGAGCUUCUUCGCGCGCGUGACGACGCGUCCGCCGCGAGACAUGCCCCCUACCACAACAAACGCGAUUAUCAUGGGUCGCAAGACGUACGAGUCCCUGCCGAAAAACCUGCGGCCGCUGGCGAAACGGAUCAAUGUCGUGAUCACGCGCGAUACGUCGGGCGCGGUGCGCAGUCAGAUCCUGGCGGAGUUGGAGGCGCAGAGGGAGAGGUUGAGAUUGAAAAAGCAGCAACAGCAACAACAAGCAGGUUAUGAGAUAGUAAAAGAGGGUGGUGCUAGUGCUGGUGCUGGCGAAGAAGAAAACGAACCGGUUACAGACGCGCUUGUCUCGACGAGCUUGGAAGACGCUCUCGAGUCGCUCCAGCAGACGCAAAAACAGACAACACAGGUCGGAAAUCUAUUCGUCAUUGGAGGCGGAGAGAUCUAUGCUGCAGCCCUACGGCUACCUCCCGACAGCCCGUACGGGAGAGGCCUUCGGAUCGUCAUGACGAAGGUAAAGAAGAAGAAGAGCAGUAUCAGCAAGGACAGUAACGGCGACGUAGUGGCAGUUACACAAGAAUCGGAACCAGAAGAAGAGUAUUUCCAGUGCGACACCUUCUUCCCCCUGAAUGCCCAUGAUCUGUCUCCGCAGAGCGGCUGGCGCGAAGCCCCAGCCGACGAGGUGUCAGACUGGGUCGGGGAGCCUGUCUCUCCGGACUGGAAGGACGAAGGGGAUGUGUCGAUUAAGAUCGUUGGGUAUGAGAGGGUUUCUUCCUGA